GAAUAAUAUUAUACUACCAAACUGCCUUCUUUUUUCCUAAUUCCACGCUGAAUAUUUUUUCUAAACAAAACAGCGAAAGUUCAAAGGAAAAUAAUCAAUCCAGCGCAGGCAAUUCAGGGGAUAUUUCUGAAACAACCUCUCUAGCUCCUCUAAGGUUGGGCUACUCUAUCGUCCCCAGACAAUGCCUACAAGACUACACUAGGCUUUUUUUUGGGGGGUGGUUUAGUCCCCAUUUAUGUAACUAGCUGGUGCUUACAAUGUAAAUAUAUCAUGUGAAUCCUGAAACUUUGAUUAUUAAAAGAAUGAUAAUUAUAGCGGGAAUUAAUACUUGAGAGUUUUAAGCGUCAUGGCAAGGAUAAAACCUCAAGCACUUCUACUGCAAAGCAAAAAGAAGAAAGGACCAAGUGGUGUCAGUGCCCCUACAAUUAUAGUAUACAUCCUAAUUGUUGCUGUGAUGGUGUUUUCCCUGUUUUUUACAUAUAGAUAUUGGUCUCGGAGAUCAAUUGUUCAGACACAGGAUGCUAUAUCAACAAGCAAGGCUAUUGAGAGGAAGAAAUCUGAUAUUCCUAAUUACGCUCUUAUAAGCACUUCAAAAGGCCUGAUAACGGUGGAACUUUACAAGGAUGGUUCUUCAGACAUUGUUGAUGACUUCAUUGAUUUCAGUCAAAAGGGUCACUUUAAAGGGAUGCAAUUUACUCGUGUAAUAAAGAACUUUGUCAUCCAUGGUAGUAAAGUUGAAAGGCCUGAAGCCACAGAAGAUUGGACAUCGAGGGGAAAACUGGACACAAGUCUUAAGCAUGAAGCAUUUAUGCUUGGUACUUCCAAAGUGAAGCACGAAGGUGGAGGAUUUGAUCUAUUUAUAACAACAGCACCAAUACCAGAUUUGAACAACAAGAUUAAUGUCUUUGGGCGUGUCAUCAAGGGAGAAGAUGUCGUGCAGGGAAUCGAAAAAGUAGAUACAGAUGAUCACUAUCGACCCAAAACUCAUGUACAAAUCAAUGAAGUAACUCUGAAGCACAACAGCUGAACUCUUCAUCCAUGAGAUGCAGUUACUUGACAUCGAUGAACAAAAGCAGGCAGCAUCAUGUGUAGAUUUAGUUUCAGGUUAUGAUGGUCCUAAAAUCAUUGAAGAUUUUAAUUCCUCAGAGUUUAGAUGUUGCGGCUUGCUAUCGGUGCCUUUGAUGUAAAAUAUGGAUACAUGCAUUCCAUUUGUAUAAUUUGGUUGGGCUCUUCCCAAAAUUUCCCGUAGGGUAAACAAUCUUCUUGUUCUAUGUAUCUUAUAGUAUACAGUAUAUUCAGAAGAAAAUUUCCAUUAUACAAGACGGUGAUUCGUGCUUUUUCA